UGAGCACAGCUGUGCCAGGCAGAAGGAUCUCCAUGGAUGCAGCUGUGGUCCUGGUGCUCAGCCUCUGCUGUCUGCUUCUCCUCUCACUCUGGAGACAGAGCUCUGAGAGAGGGAAACUCCCUCCUGGCCCCACUCCUCUCCCAGUUAUUGGCAACUUCCUGCAAAUAGAUGUGAAGAAUGUCAGCCAAUGCUUGAGCAAUUUCUCAAAAAUCUAUGGCCCUGUGUUCACCCUGUACUUAGGCAUGAAGCCCACUGUAGUGUUGCAUGGGUAUGAAGCAGUGAAGGAGGCUCUGAUUGAUCAUGGGGAGGAGUUUGCUGACAGAGGCAGCUUCCCAAUACUUGAAAAAAUUAAUAAGGGCCUUGGCAUUAUUUUUAGCAAUGGAAACAGAUGGAAAGAGAUAAGGCGCUUCACCCUCACAACUCUGCGGAAUUUGGGCAUGGGCAAAAGGAACCUUGAGGACCGUGUUCAAGAGGAAGCACAGUGCCUUGUGGAGGAACUGAGGAAAACCAAUGGCUCACCCUGUGAUCCCACGUUCAUCCUGAGCUGUGCUCCCUGCAAUGUCAUCUGCUCCACUGUUUUCCAGAAUCGUUUUGAUUAUAAAGAUCAGGAUUUUCUUAUCUUGAUGGAAAAAGUAAAUGAGAAUGUCAGGAUUCUGAGCUCUCCCUGGAUGCAGAUCUACAAUAAUUUCCCUUCACUAAUUGACUAUUGUCCAGGAAGUCAUCGCACAAUUUUAAAAAAUGCUGAUUAUGUCAGAAGUUAUCUUUUGGAAAAAAUAAAAGAACAUCAGGAAUCAUUGAAUGUUGCAAACCCUCGAGACUUCAUUGAUUAUUACUUGAUUAAACUAAAGCAGACAAGCCACAAUCAACAAUCAGAAUUUACACUUGAAAAUCUGACAACGACUGUGCUUGACCUGUUUGGUGCUGGGACAGAGACAACAAGCACAACGCUGAGAUACGCUUUACUUCUCUUGCUGAAGCAUCCAGAUGUCACAGCUAAAGUCCAGGAAGAGAUUCACCAUGUAGUUGGCAGAAACCACAGCCCCUGCAUGCAGGACAGGAGCCACAUGCCCUAUACAGAUGCCAUGAUUCAUGAGGUCCAGAGGUUCAUCAACCUCAUCCCCACCAACCUGCCCCAUGCAGUGACCUGUGACACUAAAUUCAGAAACUACAUCAUCCCCAAGGGAACAACAGUAAUAACAUCACUGACAUCAGUGCUGCAUGACAACAAGGAAUUCCCCAAUCCAGAGAUAUUUGACCCUGGCCACUUUCUAGAUAAGAAUGGAAACUUUAAGAAAAGUGACUACUUCAUGCCAUUUUCAACAGGAAAACGGAUUUGUGCAGGAGAGGGGCUGGCACGAAUGGAGCUGUUUCUAUUUCUCACCACCAUUUUACAGAACUUUAAGCUCAAAUCUCUAGUUAAUACUAAGGAUAUUGAUACGACCCCAGUGGUCAAUGGAUUUGCCUCUUUGCCACCCCAAUACCAGCUCUGCUUUAUUCCUAUCUAAAGAAGAGCAGAUUGCCUAGUCCAAGCUGUGUUGUUUUCUGCAAUUUUCCUCCAGACUUCAUUCACCUCCUUCCCCAUUUGGGACAAGAUGUCCUUCCCCCUUCUAAUGUAUUUUCAUUCUGUCAUGACCCAGGAAACACCUGUUUACCAUUUUGCAACUUGUGGAAUCACAGUAGAAAUAUAUUGUUAUAUUCAAUUCUCUUCAACUGUGUUAUUAUUCCAUUUGCUAAUGUGUAUCUGACCUUUAACUAAAAUAGAACUUCACUUCAAAAUAAUGUAAUAAGAGAAUUAAAGGUCAUUUUCUUACGUAUGUUUUCAAUAAUAAGUAAGUUUGAUUUGUUCACCUGUUCUUAGACUUGCUUACAGUUUAUGUAAGAAGCAAAAUAAAAUAGAGUUCCCAAUACAUCAUGUUGGUCCACAUACCAUGAAGCAUAGUGCUUAUAGGAGUGAGUGCUAGAGAAAUAUUUCAUUGACUGAAGUGCUUGCCAAUCAAACCUGAAGACAUAGUGAUGUGUUCUUGUACCAACACUGCGUAAACAGAACAAAAGAUCCUGGGAGCUUGCUAGACAUCCAACCCAGCCUAAUUAGUGAGCCUUAUUUCCCAGUGUUAUAACCUGUCUCUGAAAACAAGCUUGUCAACUCCCAAGGAACAACACACAAGGUUCAAUUCUGACAUCCACAUAUGUGUAUGUACAUGUAUUGACAUUCUCUUACAUAUAGAUACUUGAUUAUGCACACACAUCCACACACCCACAUACAUACAUGGAAGGUGGUACCAAGGCUCUUUGGCUGAGUAUCACUUAGACUCACUAGAAGUAUUUGUAUUUCAAACAAACAACCAGUGUCCAGGAGUAGCUCCAGUUAGAGGAUAAGUCAUGGGGAGGGGUGCAAUUGCAGAGUCAGGUCAUGUCUUGCUUUGCUGUUAGUGUCAAUAAAAGGUAAAAUUUUAAAUAUGGUUUUUCCUUGAUGUUCUUAGGUUAGAACUGAGCAUGCAUUUUGUUUUUCUAUUGCUAACUAUAAGCUCCAUAAUGCUUCCCUUCUCAUCCCAAAAGAAUAAUGAUUCCAGGAGGAGUCACAUUUCUGUCACUUUUAGAUGCAUUAUUUCCUUCCUACUACAUUACAAGUAUUCAAAUGAGAUGAUUAUCCCUUCCCUAACUUAAUCUUAGAGAAGUCACUUUGUCUAAGUUCCUACCUUGGGUUCUACUGCAGAUUUAUUUCUGUAUAUACAUUAGUGCACAAGCACACAUUCUCAAUGCUAUUUGAUCCAUAAUACAAUUGUUGUGGCACAAAAUGUGACUUUUUGUUAAAGUGAGUCAAAGUACUAAUGUUUUACACAGUUUUGCAUUUUGCUAAUAAAGAUUUUCUGCACACUUUA